AUGCCUAGAAAGAAAUCCAACGCCAAGAAGGCAAGAGAAUCUGGUAAGAAACUGGAACUUGAGAAAAGUGCUAUCAAAAAUAAUCCAGAAGUAACCUCACCAUCAUUUGUGAAAGAGAAUUCUGAUGAUGAUGAAUCUUCAUCAAGUGAGGAAGAGGAUGACUAUGGUGAAUUGAUUACUGAAGAGGUCGAAGAUGGUAUUAAUCGUGUUUUGUCUGCUAUCAAGAAUAAUGAGAAGGAUAAACUGUUGGAUCCAAAAGUGAGGUUUUUCGAAGAUCCUGAAAAGGCCGCAGAGAAGCUGGUCAAGGGCGAGAAGCACAAACCUGUGUACUUGAAAGAUUACCAUAGAAUGAAUAUUCUUGCAGGUAACACUUUUGCAGACGAUGAGGAAGCAACGGUUGAUGGGGAACAGUCAUAUGCAUCGCAACAACGAGAAGAAAGAUCGCAAUUGAUUGAUGAAAUCAAGAACGCCUUCAGUGGGGAUGAAAAUGAUGAAGAAGAGGAUGAGAACGACGGCGACUUUCUGAAGAAGAAGGAACCUUCUAACAAGACAGCUACUCCAAGACUAAGAUUACCAAAUCCCAACCAGGAUGAGGAGAAGUUUUUAGCGGAGUUCGUUAAUAACCAGGCCUGGAUUCCAAGAAAGGGCGAUAAAGUAAUCCCUCUCGAUAACGAUCCCAACAUGGAAGAAGAUGACGAGGAAUUCGAGGACGCAGUGGAAAAAUUCGAGAAUGCUUACAAUUUCCGUUACGAGGAUCCUAAUGCUGCAACUAUUGUGUCAUAUGCCCGUACUCAGGCUACUUUAAGGCGUUCAGAGACUUCUUCUCGUAGAAGAAAGAGAGAUGAGGAAAAGCAGGUGAAGGAAGUAGAGAAGACUGAGAAGGAAAAAUCCAUUCAAAAGAAGAAGAAGGAAAAGAUUCAUAAAUUGACCGAUGUCCUAGAACAACUAAAGAAAGAGUACGGUUCAGACAUAAACCAAGACAUGGUAAAGAAGAUCACAGAUACACUAUUAAACAGCGAUUUCAAAGAAAAUGAGUGGGACACAGUAGUGAGUGAACUAUUCAAUGAAGAGUUCUAUGGACAGAAGGGGAAGCCAACUUGGGAUGAGGAUGAUGAAGUAAUGGCCGAUUUCUAUAAGGAAAAGCAGGAGGCUGAAGGUGAAGAAGAAUCGCAUGAAGAAGAAUCCGAUGAACAAGAAUCUUCAAAAAAAUCUAGGAAGGAGAAGCUAAAGGACAAAAAGCUACAAAAGAAGGGCAAAAGAGAGUUGGAAGAAAUAGUUGAAGAUGCAGUGGAGCAAAACAAGAUAAGUAUAAUUGAAGAAGUUGAAAAGGACAAUGAGGAAAGAAAAUCAAGAGCACGCACUAAGGAUGAACAGCAGUUGAAGUUUAGGUACAGAGAGGUAUCUCCCGAAAGUUAUGGUUUGAGCACGAGAGAGAUCUUUGCUGCCGACGAUACGCAAUUAAAUCAGUUUAUUGGUUUGAAGAAAUUUGCACCAUAUAGAGCAAAAGAGCAGAGAAUGAAAGAUAAGAGAAAGGUCACCAAAUCUAGAAGACUAAGAGACUGGAGGAAGGAGGUUUUCCAUACUGAGAAGGGACUGGAGGCGGACAGUGAUUUCGUUGAAGUUCCGGUAGAAGCUGAAACGAAGAAGAAAGCCUCUCACAAAAAGAAGAAGCACAAAUCAACCGCAUAG